AUGAAGUCACGCACAAAACUAAAUAAACAGCAACAGCAACAGAACAAUAAAAUAAAAACAAAACAAAACCACACGCUCAUCACUAUUAUACAAAGACAACAAACAGACGAAAAAUUUUGUGAAAAUUUAAGAGUACACAUGGGAUUAAAUGAUUUAAAUGAGAAUGAAGGAAACAAUACCUCAACUCAUCGUAAUGGCGUUGGCAUUAUAGCUACGGAUAAAAUUAUAGAUUAUGUAACAGAAUGUGUAUCGUAUUCAGACAGAAUCAUGCUAAUGAAAAUAAAUGCUAAACCAGUAAAACUCAACAUCAUUCAAAUAUACGCCCCUACUGCUGAUUCAUCUGAAGACGAGAUAGAAGAACUCUACGAGCAAAUUAAUUAUCUCAUGAAACAACUAAAACCUCAUGAAAUCAAUAUGGUGAUAGGAGAUUUCAAUGCAAAAGUUGGAGCAGGAAGAGUAGAUGGAAUAGUUGGGCCUUUCGCUUUGGGUUUGAGAAACGAAAGAGGUGAUCGGUUGAUACAGUUUUGCCAGGAACAAAAACUUAAAAUAACCAAUACAUGGUUUUGCUUACCGUAUCGAAGAUUAUAUACGUGGACAUCACCCCAGCAUAGCAGAGGAAACAUUAUUCGUAGCCAAAUUGAUUACAUAUUAAUAAACAAACGCUUUAGCUCAUCUGUAAAGUCGGUCUGUACAUAUCCAGGAGCCGAUGUUCCAUCAGACCAUAAUCUUUUAGUAGCUAAAAUAAACAUCAAACUAGCUAGAACUAGAAGAGAACACCGUCAACCCAAAAUAGAUGUGGAAAAACUAAAUAAUACGGAUAUAAAGAAUCAAUUGGCUACUGAAAUUAACAACCAACUAAGAUCUGUUAUGGAAGAAAGCGAAAAUAUUUGGGAUCAUAAGUACGUCGCAAAACAAAAAUGGAUGACACCAGAAAUAUUGCAGAUGAUGGAAAAAAGACGUACUUUCAAAAACAAAAACUCUGCAGAAUAUAGAAGUAUUCAUCACCAAAUAAGAUCUUCAAUCAAAAAGGCAAAAACAGAUUGGCUCAGUAAGGAAUGUAGUGAAAUCGAAAGACUUCAACAAAAUCACAACGAUUUUAACUUACAUAAAAAAGUUAAAGAAGUAUCUGGAGUGUAUAGAAGAUCACAUACAACCACACUUCGUAACGAAAAUGGGCAAAUCAUUAUUGAAAGUGAUGAAAUAAAGAAGGAGUGGGAAAAAUACAUUAAGAACUUAUUCUCAGAUACCUCAAGAGAUUUACACCCAACUGAAACAUUCAAUUUGUUAUCAGAAGUCCCAAUAACGAUAGAUGAAAUUAAAAAAGCAAUAAAAUCCAUGAAAAAGAACAAAACGCCUGGACCCGACGAAAUACCAUAG